CAUCGAAACACGUUCAUUCUUCCGUUGGACUACUCGCCGGGAUGGGAUGGCGUGCUCCGGGAGAGCGAUCGGUGUUGUUUUUGGUCGAACGAGUCAAACGCGAUCGCGGCCGAAUGCUCGAUUCGACUUGACGUUUUUUUUUUUUUUUUUUUGUAUACCCAGCACUGCGCCAAGCUAUGCGCUGAUAAGUGACCAGAGGAGAUCUAUGGCUCUGGCUCUGGCUCUGGUGGUGUUCGGGAUCGCGAGGGGACCAAACCCACGAAAGUACCGCCGUGACAUCGAAGGCGUCCACACACAGGCGUUUCGUCACCACUGACCGCGCGCGCACGCUACUCACAACACAGAGCCACGAAGCCGAGCGCGGAAGUCGCACAAGUCGCAGCGCAGUGACGUCGCCCUGCCUGUGACGUUUGGGAAAAUUCCGCUCGUGAUGCGGCCUCCGCUUAAGCAGCCGCCAGUGUGGCUGUUACCGCUCCUGCUAUCAACUUCCGGCUGGGCUGCGCCACUGCUGCGGGAUCGAAGUGCGAAGAGCUUCAUCCCGAUCGGUAACAGUGUUGGCGAUGCGGAACAGGAAUCGCUGGUGACGCUUGGACGGUGCGCAGCGAAGGAACGUCUGCUGCACGUCGAGAAUCUGACGAUCGUCAAAAGCCCGACGACCACGCUCACCGGAACGCUUGAGAUCCACAUCGAUCCACGGUUUGCGGUGAGCUGUGUCCUUGCCCGCCCCAAAACACCGUCCAGUCGGGCCGCACUGCACGGCUAUCGGUUCCUCCGGCCCAGCUGCAUUGAGAUCCACGUGCAGGAGCAACAAGAGCUACCAUUCGGACGGACGGACGAAUCCUCCCUGGAUUAUCGGCUGCUCGUCUAUGGGGUGCCAGCCUAAGGCCAGCUGUAGCUGCAGCCGCCGCCUAGCGGUUAGUGGCGGAAGCCCCAGGGGUCGGGGGGGCUCGCAAAACAACAACAAUAAACACGCUCCGCAGCUCUAGCUCGCUCACACAAUGUAGACGGACCCCCGCGGGUA